UACACUGUCCGGGUUAAAUAAUAUUUUCACAAUUUAUUUUAUAAAAAAAAUAAAUUCUGGUAACUGGAUUCAGUAUUAAUUAUAUUGGUGAAAUAACUUUCAUUAAAAUUUUUUACUUUUAGGCUAAUUCUAUGGCCAUUUGGUCGAUAACUCUGUGAGUUAUAAUGUUUUUAUAGCACAUUAUAUUCGAUCGGCUACUGAAAUAUCAAAAAAACUUUUCAGGUGGGUUUUUAAUACACACGUUGAAUAAAAAGCUACCAAAAUGGCGUUUGCUGGCCUCAAAAAGCAAAUUAAUAAAGCAAAUCAGUAUAUGACUGAAAAAAUUGGCGGAGUUGAAGGAACAAAGCUUGAUGUGGACUUUGUGGAUAUGGAAAGGAAAACUGACGUUACUUACGAGUUGGUCGAAGAACUUCAAAUGAAAACUAAAGAAUUCCUACAGCCGAAUCCUACAGCCAGAGCUAAAAUGGCAGCCGUCAAGGGCAUAUCGAAACUUAGUGGUCAGGCAAAAGCAUCUACCUAUCCACAGGCUGAAGGUACCCUUGGUGAUUGUCUGCUCAUGUAUGGUAAGAAGCUUGGCGAUGACAGUCUUUUUGGCCAAGCAUUGCAGGAGAUGGGAGAAGCGCUUAAGCAAAUGGCCGAUGUUAAGUACGCAUUAGACGACAACACCAAACAAAACUUUCUCGAACCAUUACAUCAUUUACAAACCAAAGAUUUAAAAGAAGUGAUGCACCAUAGAAAGAAACUGCAGGGAAGAAGACUAGAUUACGACUGCAAACGAAGAAAACAAGCAAAAGGUUCACAUGUUAGUGAUGAAGAACUGAAACAAGCCGAAGAAAAAUUUGCAGAAUCGUUGCACAGUGCUCAGAUAGGAAUGUUCAACUUGCUCGACAACGACAUAGAACAAAUAUCUCAGUUAACCACAUUCGCGGAAGGUCUUCUCGAGUACCACCAACAGUGUACCGAAAUACUGAAAUUGGCAGUAAUGGAAAUCCAGGAAAAGCGCGAUCAAGCUGCCAGCCGCCCGAAAUUAGAAUUUGUGCCUAAGACUUUGAACGAUCUACAUCCAGUAGAUGUUAUCGCGGACGACAUUAAUGACGAGUACGAGUUGAUGGAACCACAGCUCGCACACGUCAAAGGUAGUUCACGAGCUUCGUCCCCGACUCACGCAAAGUCUAACACGCUGGAAUUAACGUCUGGAGCAAACCAUCACGAUAACCAGCAUCAACAACCACAUCACAAUGCAUCGCCUGUUUCUUCUCCAAUUAAGUCUGUUCAACGGCAAAUACCACGCAACUCGCCUUGUUGUACUGCGUUAUACGAUUUUGAGGCCGAGAAUCCAGGAGAAUUAGGGUUUAAGGAGGGCGAGACUAUAAUACUACUGAACAGGGUCGAUGAAAACUGGUUUGAGGGCAGUACCAACGGCCGUACCGGAUACUUCCCAGUCACAUACGUACAAGUCGUCGUGGCGCUGCCUUAAGCAUCACAACUGCCAUUGACGAAGACUACGACACCGAACAGACCGCGACGCCAACUCCUCACCCCCCGCGUAAGACUUGUUAAAAAACGCAUCAUAAUAUGUAUUAUAUUAUGUAAUGUUGCCCACAAGCGUAUACAAUUUCAAUACGCAUUGUACGUAGAUACACCGACGAGGUUAACACAUUAUUAAAAUAAUAUAAUUAUUAUGAUUUGUAAUAAUAUGAUCGAUGUACAAACCGAUUUACUUGUGUUUGUGAGACGAUGCUUCGUAAAAUCUACAUUUAAUCCCCUUGCAAUAAAUACAAUUAUAGAAACGGAAAAAUAGCUACCAAUAUUAUAGUACACGCUGCUCGUUAAUUCCAUUCGGUUUUGUUGUUUGUAGGUGUAUAUUCUUCUUCUUCUAAUAUUACUUUAACUACUACUAUAAUACUACUAUUACUAUUAUAAUUAUAAUUAUACUUAUUAAUUAUUAA